AUGCUCUCGGCCCCGCCACAGUUGGAUUUGGCCUUUGAUAGCGAAGAAUGGACUCCACAGCUCCCUGCACGACUAUACAGAGCUGCCAGCGUCGGUAGCUGGGGCGUUACCUCGAUUGGCCGGGGAUUCGACUGGGACCAGAAUGAGGACACUUCCGAGUCCACGUUCUCCCAAAAAGCCUCGCCACAGCCGAAAACCGACGCUCUGCCACAGAAAGAGGCGCUUCGACAGCCCGUAUACGAACCGUCGCUUCCAAGAGCCGACGAAUCCAGUAUGGGCAGAAAGACACCAAACGGUAUUGCCCCAGACAGUGCGAAGGUUAUGCGUCUCGUCACCAACGUUACGCCAACUCCCCCCGGUAUACUAACUUCCACCUUUUCUACGGAACCAUCACGUUCAUCGUCACCACUGCUGUCGACCACCCCAGGAUCAUCCAAAGUUCCCACUCCCUCCCGUUCCCCCACAGCACCGCGGCCUCGGCGCCGUUCGUCGCAGCAACGGGUUUCAUUGAUUGCCGGGCGAGUGUCAAUUGCGCCUAUAGAACCUCCUUCUCCGCCGCCGAUCCUACCGAAAUCACUUAAUCGUGCAGACAGCGCCAGCAGCCUGCUGAGUGCUGCCUCCAGCACACGAGCUCCCUCACCUGCUAGGUCGUCAGAAGAGUCAUUCCUUGGCGAAAGGACUAUCUCCGAAUUUCACAUCGAAGGAGAAAUUGGACGUGGUGCUUACGGGUUAGUGAAGCGUGCACGAGAAAUCCUCAACGAUGGUUCUCUGGGGCCGCCUCUUGUUAUCAAACAAGUGAUCAAGUCGCGUAUACUGGCGGACUGUUGGAAGAAACACCCUAAAUACGGAACUAUUCCUAUCGAAAUCUACGUCAUGUCCGCCAUAUCCAAUACGUCCUAUGUACUGCCUCCGAAACGGCCAUGGGACCCUCGCCGGUUCGAUUCACUCACAUGUUCUCAUAAUCCGGUUGAAUCAGGUUCUGAUGCGGAUGACUGGGUAGAGGGAAAGACCGUCAAAGGACAUCCCAACAUCUGUCCCCUUCUAGACUUUUUCGAGGAUAGCCAUUAUUAUUAUCUUGUCCUUCCGUCGUCGACUCCAGAACAUCGCGCCGACGAACCAUCGCCACCGUCCGAUCUUUUUGAUCUUGUCGAGAGUUAUCCACAAGGUCUUCCUCCGAGUUCUGUUCGCACCUAUCUAGGACAGAUAGCCGAUGCAUUAUGCUUCCUUCAUUCGCAUGGAAUAGUUCAUCGGGAUGUCAAGGAUGAAAAUGUUGUGCUUGGACCUCAUGGCAGUUGUAUCUUGAUCGAUUUUGGUAGCUCCGGAUUGGUUAAAAAGAAUGGCUGGGAUUCCUUUAGCGGAACUCUUGACUAUGCUGGUCCAGAAAUUCUUCGCGGCGAGCGCUAUCAAGGAAAGGAACAAGACGUUUGGGCAUUCGGCGUUGUUGCAUAUGUAUUGCUUGUUGGAGAAUGUCCGUUUAUGACUGCUGCUGAGGCGCAGGAAGGACUGGACUCUCCGUUUGCAAGUGCAUCUAUGGCGCUCGACGAGAGAUGUAGCGAAGAAAAGGAGAGUUUUGGAGAAGAACAGGAUGGCGGCGGUGCGCUUGGAGACGCAGCGGCACUUGUCAGGGCCUGUCUGCGUUUACAAGUUUCAGCUCGACCGACAUUUGAGAAGAUUCUCCAGUCGCGAUUUCUCGCUGGCAACGGCGGAUGGACAACUUGUGAUCCCUGA